CACCAACGAUCCUGGGUUUUCGCGCGCCGCUGCCACAAGGUCAGCGCGUCGCUCAGACCAACGGUACGCGUCAAGGGUCGUCUCAGUGGGUGCGCGUCGACCGAGCGCAGCGCGCGUGAGCGCGCCUUGAAGUCCGAACGUAAACUCGCGGCGCCUGCCAUGACGACCCCCGUUCCGUUUCCGUACGAGGCGCAGCCGGUGUCUGCAGAGUUUCAGAAGCGAAUGUCAGCCGCGUACCCCGUGUUCGACCCGGUGGGCCUGGCUCCGUUCGGCCCCACCGGCUAUAUCAUGCCGGCGGACGCCAGACCGUUUCUGGAGCAGCACUACAACGCGCCGGUCGGCCCGGACGACGUGUGGAUCGUCACCCUGCCCAAGUGCGGCACCACCUGGACGCAGGAGAUGGUGUGGCUCAUCAAGAACGACUGCGACUACGAGAGCGCCAAGUGCCUGCUGUCUCCGGACCGGUACCACUUCCUGGAGAUCUGCGCCAUAACGGCUACACAGUGCCGCGAGGAGAUCCGGCAGGGACAAAACCCGGUCAGCAAGCGACUCAUGUUCACUCCGCUCCAGGAGAGACCCGAGCCCCGGUUCGUCAAGACACACCUGCCGCUGCACCUGUGCCCACCCACGCUCUUGGACACGGCCAAGGUUAUUUACGUGGCCAGAAACCCGAAGGACAUGUGUGUGUCAUAUUUCAACCAUCUGAAGGUGUUCGAAGAAAGAGACCCGAACAUGUCCAUAGACGAAUUCGCCAAUCUAUUCAUCGCUGGUGAGGUCAGCCAGCUGCCUUUCUUUCCGCACGUGCUGGAGGCAUGGAACCAGCGGCAUAACCCGAACAUGUUGUUCCUCUUCUUUGAGGACUUGAAGCGUGAUUUACGUGGUUGCAUCAAGAAAGUGGCAGAUUUCUUGGGAAAAUCACUGACGGGAGAGCAGCUUGAUGGGCUAGAGUCGCACCUGAUCUUCAGCAGCAUGAAGAAAAAUCCGUGGGUCAACAAGAGCGUGAUCCUCGCUUACUCCCCACUAACCGCUGAGCAGUUAGCUGCCAAAGAAGCGUCCUCACAAAAGACAGAGUUUAUGCGCAAGGGCGAGACAGGGGACUGGAAAAAACACUUCAGCAAGGAGACUUCGGCCAAAAUGGACGCGUGGAUUGACAGAGAGCUUGCCGGCACCGAGAUCAAGUUUGUUACGGGCUGAAAGCCGUUGUUGUGCCGUGUGGUGGACUUGGUGAGAUGUUUUAGCUUUGCGGAGAUGCGCCGAUCACUUGCACGCUGAAAUCCAGGUGUAUCUCUUGAGAGUCCGGCCGGGUGCACAUAUUAUUGGUCCUUAUCGCUUGUGAUCAGUGGUUACCAUUGGGUAUAUACAACUGCUGGGUAUGGGACAAAAUCAUUAGUUACCAGUUGGACAUGAGCAUGGAAAAUGCAGUAAUACGUUGUUUUUACUUUGCUUAUGCUGGUCCGUUAACUUUUUAGCCAGAUUUCAGCUGUGGAUUCCUCGUGCGUGUUGGAUCCUCGCUGAGGACAGGCACGUUUUGUACACGGUCGACGUCUGCUGCAUCUGCUAGAGUUGGGCAUUGAUAAUUUCCAUGGCUGAUGACCGUGAUUGUGCAAAGCAAGAUGUGUUUUGAUUGACUCCCGAAUUUUGUAGAGAUGUGUGGAUUCCUGUCUGUGGAUACACAUGUAAGCGCAGUGUCCGUCUAUAUACCUUGAUGAAGACACAGUGACUGCCAAUGUAGCGUUUGCGCGCGACUUUCAGCAGGCAAACACGCCGAGUUGUCUGAGUUUACGAACUGUAUUUUGACAUCGGCUACAUGAUUUCGACGGCAGUGUUCAAUGCACGUCGUUACUCACAAUAAAUGGUUACGUUGAU